GCAAUAGAAACGACCACAAAGUUCUCUCUCCUUCGUACACUCCCUCUCUCUCUCUCCACCUCCCUCUCUCUCUAUCUCUCUCAGGCCGCGCGCGGCGCUUUGAUCUUCCUUAACAACAGUCACGUCAUCCAAAGGAUUUUUUUUCUUUGGUCAAGCGGUGGAUUUUUCUCUCUCUCUCUCUUUCAGUCUCUCAUACAGACAGACGCACACUCUCUCACACACUGAGUAUAGCAACCGCAGCAGCAGCAGCAACAACAGCAGCCGCAACAAGAGCAUCAUCCGCGGGACGCACGCUUUAAUCAAGUGCUUCAAUUAAAUUAUCUGCCGCUAAAACUGUGAUUACCCCGAAAAUCAUGGAGCACCAGCUGCUGUGCUGCGAGGUGGACGCCGUGCGGAGAGCCUACCACGACACGAACCUGCUGAACGACCGAGUUUUACAGACCAUGCUGAGGGCUGAAGAGACCUACCUCCCCUCUCCAAACUACUUCAAGUGCGUUCAGAAGGAAAUCGUGCCUAAAAUGAGGAAAAUCGUCGCCACAUGGAUGCUGGAGGUGUGUGAAGAGCAGAAAUGUGAAGAGGAGGUUUUUCCCUUGGCUAUGAACUACCUGGACAGAUUCUUGUCUGUGGAGCCCACUAAGAAGAGCAGGCUGCAGUUGCUUGGAGCUGCCUGCAUGUUCCUGGCCUCCAAGAUGAAGGAAACCGUUCCUCUCACAGCUGAGAAGCUCUGCAUAUACACAGACAACUCUAUUCGUCCAUGCGAGCUCUUGCAAAUGGAGCUGCUGGCGCUGAACAAGCUGAAGUGGGAUCUAGCCUCAGUGACACCACACGACUUCAUUGAACAUUUCCUCACCAAGCUGCAGAUACACCAGGGCACCAAGCAGAUCCUGCGCAAGCAUGCCCAGACGUUCGUGGCUCUAUGUGCAACAGACGUCAACUUCAUUGCAAGCCCUCCCUCCAUGAUCGCGGCAGGCAGCGUGGCUGCAGCGGUGCAAGGGCUUUACUUGAAGAACAGCGACAGCUCUCUCUCCUCCCAGAACCUCACCAACUUCCUCUCGCAGGUCAUCAGAAGUGACCCGGACUGUCUGCGGUCAUGCCAGGAGCAGAUCGAGUCACUGCUGGAGUCCAGUCUGAGACAGGCUCAGCAGCACAGCAUCUCCACAGAAACCAAACGAGUGGAGGAGGACGUGGACCUCUCAUGCACUCCCACAGACGUCAGGGACAUUAACAUCUGAGGGGAACGCUCGCAUCUCUAGAGUCUUAUUUUCUGUGGGGUAGGGGCUUUGACCAGAGGUUUCUCGGGACAGGAAGGCACCAGAAGACCCUCGGAACCAGUUCCGACACCUCAUCCAAUCAUAAUCAGCCCCCCAGAGUGCCCUCACUGUUUAGCCCUCAGUGGCGCCCCCUGUGGCCUUCAUGAUUGGGCUGUUGCUGGCCAGGACAGCCAGCAGAGGACAAGGGAUGAAAGGAUGAAAGAAAACCUUGUUGAAAAACCCAGAAGAAAUCCCUUCCGCAUUACUCCUCGUUACUCUCUCUUUCAGGCCCUCUCCACAUAACUUGAGUUUUAAAAUACGAGACAAAAAAAACAAACAAUGUUUAGGUUAAUCUAGGAUUUUUUUUAUUAUUAUUAUUAUUAUUUUAUUAUUAUUACAUCAGCUGCAUACUUCACUUGUGUAGCUGCGGCUUUUGUCAGAUGUACAGAUCUGCAAGAAACUAGGUUGAUUAUUUUAUUUCAAGUGUGUCUAAAACCAUUCUUGAAAGAGAAGAGGCAUUAUUGGUAUGUUGAUGUUGUUAAUCUCUCUGUUUUCCUAGCUAGUAUAUUGUUACACAUGCUUACAACAGUUUCCCCAGCCAUUUGCAGUCUAGGCAUGUGUAUGUAUCCCUGCUUUGCUUAUGCGUUUAGUCACUUUAUUCUUAUUGUCUAGAAAAAAAAUCUCUACUAAACUAAGUUUCUCUUCUCUUUCAAAAUGGUUUGUGUAACCCUAGUAUAUUUUGUUAAGCAUGUGUUAUUAUCUAUGUUAUGAUUUAGGGGCCUGUGGAUUGCCAAAGCUGAGGUUUUUUAACUUAACAUCAAACAGAACCAUUGACAUAUUCUUUUUUUUUUUUUUUUUGCUUGUUUGAUUGUCCUCACUGCCAAUGCCAUCACUGGUUAUGACACAAUAAGCUUCUCUCUUAUACCCGCUCCCUUUGUUACUACGCUCUCACAGUGCAAUCCACAGUCUACUUUCUGUUUAGAUUUAUUUGUUGUAAUCUAAGAAAACCAUUCCAUUUUAAAAAAGCACUUUCGGUCCGUCUUGUAAGGCUGACUUAUGAAAAAAAAAAUCCACAUUUGUUAAACAAAACUGAAAAAAAAACAUGGAAUGGAGUAGGAGUUGAUCACGACAGGCUUGUUUUAUAUCCUGUCUGCAGCAUGGAGCAGGUCUCUUUAUGGUGUUAUAGGUUAGUAAAAGAGUGAACGAGAGAGAGAGGAAGAGAGUGUGUGAGAGAGAAAAGAGAGAAAGAGAGUUUGAGAAGAAGACACAAUACUUUCAAUACUCUCAGAAUGAGUUGUAGACUUUUUGAAGCCUCAAGGAGCAGCAGUACAGUGACCACCGCCGUCCUACUACUACUGCCCGAGAAGACGGACAGACAGACAGACAGUUAGAUGCUGGAGAAUGUACGUCAAGGUGCAAUCCUGAUGAGAGCGUCCCACCCCUGAUAGCUUCAGACGCAGCGCAGCGUUUAUACAACACUAAAGUACCUAACAUAGCUAUAUCAAAGAUUGAGAACUAUUUAUUUAGUUUUUUUUCUGUUUUCCCCUCAUGAGGCCAGUAUGGAGUGUUUUUGGUGUCUUCUACCUUUUUUUUUUUACCAUUUCGAGAGCUCAGUUCGAAAUGCCGGAGAAACACCAUGCAUCAUGAACAUCAGCAUUGUCUUUUCCAGAACUUGAAAAGAACUCUAGGAGAAAACUAAAAACUGAAACAAAAAAGUGUUGUGGCUUCUAGAAGAUUUUUUGCACAGAUCCCCCCCUCCCCUCCCAAAAGAUGUAUCUCACAGUAUCUUCUCUGAGCUCUCAGCGAAGGGGCCAAAGCAAGACGACCUAGUGGGAAAGCUAGAGGUGGCUGAGGGAGACUCGGAAAAAGAAAGAGCGGAAAAAGUACACAGAAAAAAAAAAGCACGGGGUGGACACCUGGACAUCUGGACAUCAGAAAGUAACUGCAGAACUGAGGUGUUUGUACAAUUGAGAAAAGAAGAGAACAUGGGAGCACACACUCCUCGUAUUUAGCUGCUAUGAUGGAGGGAUUUCCAGCAAGUAUGAAAAAAAAAACUUUGAAAUGGAAAAAAGAAAAUAACCAACAAAAAAGAAAAAAAAGACAUGCUUCGUUCUCUUGUCUUGUUUUGCUGCUAUUUUUUUGGUUUUGUCUAUGUAAAAUGUCAAUAUACUGCCAUGCAAUAGGUUUUAAUUUUCUCAUAGAAAAUUAUGAUAUUAUUGACAUCUUUUGUUUUUUGUUUGUUUGGUUUUUUUUUGGUAGGUUUUUUUAUGUGAUCAGUUUUUAUUAAUGUGAUUUCUGCGCUAUUCCAAAAAAAUGGAAAAAUGGAAAAAAUAGACAAUUGUUCCUGUCUUACCCACAAUACCUCAAACACAGUCAUGAUUUAGCAAUGAUGGAUGAUUUAGCCUGGGAUUUUUAUUUUAUUUUAUUUUAUUUGAAUUUUCAUCAAUUAUUUCAAGUCUUUUAUUUUGGUAUGUACUUGGUCAUACAGUGCCUGCUAGUCCUAAUACAAAUGGACACGCAUUACUCAUCAUCCUUCUGGGUCCUGAUAUGAGCAAGUAGAGAGAGCAUUUAAUGAAAUUGGUGCCAUAAAACAGCUCAUUUAUAUAAUAACUCCUGGUUGGAGUUUUUAACUGUUUCAUUGAAAGAGACUAUUAUUAUAUGCCCCCCUUUAGGCCGCUUGUGGCCCGACCUUAAUGUAUUUAUGAAGCUUUGGUUCAAAUUGAAAGCAGAUAAGAGCUUUGAUGUGAAUGCCAUGUCGAUUUACGAAGCCAUAGUGUUGAUUUGUGGUCGCUUCACCCAGCCUUCAUUAUAAUGGAUCAUGAUAAUGGAUCAGCAGCUGGGCGGUCUUGUUUCAAACACAGAAAAAAGGCUUGACAUGUUUCCAUCACAUGUGUCGAUAUAUCACAAUAAAUGGAAAUUAUAGAUAGAAUCACCAGCGGUUCUUUUCUUUUUCAUAUUGCAUUCACCCCACACACACACACACACACGUUUUUAUUGUUUUAUUGGCAUGCUCUUUCACUUUGCCAACCACACAAUACAAUCAGAGCUAACUCUUACCUCCCCCCUCUUUCCCCUUUAGCCAUAGACAUGGUGCUGCUAUAUGAUGUCCUGUAUUGUGACUGGAGAUAGUAAUUUAUAUAGAGGUGCAGCUUUGAGCUUUGAGGAUGAGCUACCGGCUAACCCAGGACCCAGGGGGACAGAAAAACAUAGUAUCCUCUGUAUAGUAUCAGGAAUGUUCGUUACCUCAAGACAAUUAAACAACAACAAGUACAGUGUCUAACAAGAGCUGGCACAAACUCGUGCGAUUCACACGCCAGGACACACUUGCUGUGCAUUAAUAAGGAGUUAUAAGAAAGAAAUGAAAGAAAAGAAGAAAGAAAGAAAGAAAACACAGGCCGGUGUGCGUGGAGGUCUUCACCCUCGCUUUCUUCUCCGCCGUGCCUUAAAGGCGAUAAGGGCUCAGUGGACUGAAAAGUGAUGGCAUCCUCCCUUCCUCCCCACACCCUGAAAAAGCUCGGCUUUUGUGUGUCGAUUCUGUUGUAAAUGAGGGCGCUUUGCUCUUAGUCUUUUUCUUUUUUUUUAGUCCUGAAUGGUGUUUCGUUCCAAAGGGUCAGAGGCCAAGCGAGGACACUCUAGAGUAGAUGAGCGGUGAUGACCCGGAAAUAAAAAAUGUCGCUUCAUGUCUAUUUUCUUUUUGUUUCGUUUUGUUUUGUUACCAGUUGCUGGUCUGAAAUGCACAAUCUUUACCUGCAGACCCAUUCUAGACAUGAUGUUAGCUAGAAUUAAACUUGAGCUUCAAAAACCAA